AUACAUUGAUAUACCACCUAGCUUGCUUGACGUGGCCCUGCUCUUGGCUCCCCCUGGCCGGAAUGACGUAAUCGCGGCGGAACGUCAGUGAAAGCGUGCGCGCCGCCCCGAGAGGAAGAGCGGCACGCGUCGUGUGGGACAUAAUGGUGGAUAGACUCGACAGCAGCUUGCUGCCGCUGCCCCCUUCAACUGAAAGACGCCCUGGAUCGCAACAAAAUGCCGAACAUCAAAAUAUUCAGCGGUAGCUCACAUCCGGACCUGUCGCAGAAAAUAGCUGACCGCCUGGGGCUCGAGCUGGGGAAGGUUGUUACCAAGAAAUUCAGCAACCAAGAAACAUGCGUGGAGAUAGGGGAGAGCGUGCGCGGGGAGGACGUCUACAUCGUGCAGAGUGGCUGUGGCGAGAUCAAUGACAAUUUGAUGGAGCUGCUGAUCAUGAUCAACGCCUGCAAGAUCGCCUCCGCCUCCAGGGUCACGGCUGUCAUCCCCUGCUUCCCCUACGCCCGGCAAGACAAGAAGGACAAGGUGGGGAGCCGUGCUCCUAUCUCUGCCAAGCUGGUGGCCAACAUGCUGUCGGUGUCAGGUGCAGACCAUAUUAUCACUAUGGACCUGCAUGCAUCACAGAUACAGGGAUUCUUUGAUAUCCCCGUUGAUAACUUGUAUGCAGAACCAGCGGUGCUAAAAUGGAUAAAAGAGAACAUUCCCGAAUGGAAGAACUGCACUAUCGUCUCACCCGACGCAGGAGGAGCCAAGAGGGUCACCUCAAUAGCAGACAGGUUGAAUGUGGACUUUGCUCUCAUCCACAAGGAGAGGAAAAAGGCAAAUGAGGUGGACCGCAUGGUUCUAGUCGGAGAUGUGACCGACCGGGUUGCCAUUCUAGUUGAUGACAUGGCUGACACAUGUGGCACAAUCUGCCAUGCUGCUGACAAACUAAUUUCUGCUGGUGCCACCAAGGUGUACGCCAUAUUGACCCAUGGCAUCUUCUCUGGCCCAGCCAUCUCACGUAUCAACAAUGCCUGCUUUGAAGCUGUUGUGGUCACCAAUACAAUCCCUCAGGAGGAGAAGAUGAAGCAUUGUCCCAAAAUACAGGUUAUUGACAUCUCCAUGAUCCUCGCAGAGGCCAUCCGUAGAACUCACAACGGCGAGUCUGUGUCGUACCUGUUCAGCCAUGUCCCAUUGUAACGAAUAGUGUCUGCUACAUCCACUGUGUGCUGUUACACCAAAUAAGAGAAGAGGGAAUUCCCCCAACCCAAACACCAUUAGCAAAAUUAUCUUGCUAACUAACCAUUAAACAAGAGAAUGAACUGUCAUGUCUGUUACUAAUGUCCCCUCCCUCUUGAGCAGUGUCCCCUUCAUGUGCUGGGCACCAAAGCAAUCACAAGCUACCAAGUUAGGCCAGCGUAUUUAUUGUACUUGGGUAAAUAGGUGUUUAUCCACUGUGAACGUUGUCCCUCCCUUUCCCAACAUAUAGUUACAGAGUUUCUUUUGACUAGUUAAGCUUUCCAGGGGUCAUUUCUAUCCGUCAACAACUCCUAGAAGGUAUCGCUGGUCAGGACAAGUUUAAAGCUGUUACAUUGUUUUUGUUACAAUGGAUGAGUGAAGUUUUUUUUUUGUGUGUGUGUUCCUCUUGUAUCACUCUAUUUGACAGAUUAUAAUUAAUGAAGUGAAUGUGUAUUGAACUAGUUUACAGUGCCACUGAAGCUCCACUCAACCAAGAGUGCCUCAACAGUCUGAAAUGUCGAAUAGUCUAUUAAAGUCAGUAAAGUCUCUUAUCUAAUCUAAAUUACCUUCUCCUCUAGUCUUCACCAUCCCCUUCCUCCUGCUUAGCUGUUUUUAAUUUUUCACUGAAUGAAGCUCUGUUACGUGUCUUACCAGGUUGUAGAAGAUGUUUCAGCACGUUUCUUUCAACUCUUGAGGUGCCCUCAUUGAGUGGGGUUUGCCCAGUGUCCGGGGGUUACCCUUCAAGGUUCCGCAUUUUGUUUGAAGGUCUUUCUAUAGAGAAGGGUUUUUAGUUUGGGGUCUCUGCAGGCUGGAGCUUCCGCCAGAAAUGUUCACCUGCUAUUUUAUUUCAUUUUCAUUUUUGUCUUUUCGUAUGUCUGGAGGAAGGAUUUGUCAUUUAUGUGCGUACUCCAAACCGUUGUGUUUUACAUUUUCAGAUAGGUGAAUGCGGCAGUUAUCAGAGGAUGCAUUCUUAAUAAAAAUAAAUAUCCUCAAAAUCUUAAA